AUGGUUGUCACAGUAAAGCCAGAAGGUACUGAAUAUGACUAUAUUAUAUGCGGAGGUGGGACGUCAGGCGCCGUUGUUGCAGCAAGAUUGGCAGAAGACCCCAACAAUUCUGUUCUAGUCAUCGAAGCAGGAGAGCAUAAUUCUCUUCUCGAGAACACUAUUAUGGUUGGUGGAUGGUCACAAAAUUUCGACACGGAAGCAGACUGGAAUAUUUCCACGGAACCAAAUUCGGGGAUUAACAAUCGUCAAAUCAAAGCCAGUCGUGGCAGGUUCCUUGGUGGAUCGAGUGGAGUCAAUGGUACAUUGUGUAUCAGAGGUACACCACAAGACUAUGAUGACUGGGAAAUGCCAGGAUGGAGUGGAGAGGAGGUUUUUGGAUACAUGAAGAAGGCAGAGAACUUCCAUAACAAAGACUGGUUUGAAGCAAAUGAUUCGGUACAUGGCCAUGAUGGUUUACUGGAUGUUGAGCCUCAUGAUCUGGCCCCUAUAUCCAACAUGAUUUUGGAUUCAAUGGCCGAUCAAGGCCUUCCACUUCAUCCAGAUAUGUUCUCAACUGGCGAGACUCCAAAUGGUUGUGGUCAUGCACCAAGAACUGUGUACAAAGGAGAUAGAACUACAUCGGCCAACUACUUCACUAAAAAAGGCCCAAACCUUGCGAUAAAAACCAGCACAAUUGUCGAUAAGGUGAUUCUCGAAAGCCACGCGUUUCCUCAUGAGCUGAAAGCUGCAGCUGUAAAAGUAAUUGAGAAAGAUGGAACAGAGAAAGAGAUCAGAGCCAGAAGAGAGAUUAUCAUUAGUGGAGGAGCCUAUUGCUCUCCAACCAUUCUUAUGCGAUCAGGUAUUGGAGCGAAGUCCGAGCUUGAAUCUCAUGGUAUUGACUGUCAAAUUGACCUCCCUGGAGUUGGGAAAAAUCUUAUGGAUCACAUGAUUGUGUUCAUGUUUUAUGAAACAACCAAGCCAAAUGUUACCAAUGAUUACCUCUUGUAUCGUCCAAAUGCUUUGGGUGAAGCUUAUAGACAAUGGAAAGAAGAAAAGCGUGGACCUCUCUCUACCUUUCCUUUUGGUGCAUUCGCAUACUCUCGCCUUGAUGAGCGUCUUGCUUCGGAACCAGCUUGGACAUCAGCACCACGACGACCAGGCCGAGAUCCAAUGGGAUUAACCAAAUCACAACCAAAUGUCGAGUUCUUUACCACAGAAUGCUACGGUGGCCCAAAACAAUACAGUCAAUUUCCCGACGGCGAAAAAUCUCAUGCCUUCUCCAUUAUUGCUGAAUUAUUCGCACCUAAGAGUAGAGGUACCGUCACUUUAAAGUCUAAAGAUCCAAAGGAUAACCCGGUCGUCGAUCACAAUUACUUGAGUGAUGACCUGGAUAUCGUGGUUCUUAGCGAGGCGUGCAGAUACGCGAAUGAGAUCAUCAUGAAAGGAAAAGGCACCAAGGACAUAGUUGAGGGAAGUUGGCCUAAAGACUUAACGCAUCAUGCAUACACAUCAAGAGAGCAAUGGGUCCCCUAUAUUAAAGAUAACGCUACAACCUGUUACCACCCUGGAGGAACAGUAAAAAUGGGCAAGGCAUCGGACCCAAUGGCAGUUCUCGACGAAGAACUGAGAGUUAGAGGAGUCAGGAAUCUUAGGGUUGCCGAUACCAGUGUCAUGCCACUUCUUAAUCAAGGACAUACUCAAAUGCCUGCAUAUGCGAUUGGUGAGAAGGCAGCAGAUUUGAUAAGGGGUGUUGAGGAUUUAGAUUUGGCGGCAUUGAACAACCUUCUUGAUUCAUUCAUUUGUGGCAAUGAAGUGGGUUUCCAUCUCUCAACCAUCCUCCUCCUCAUUUCUUUCACAAGCUUCACAAUUGCCACACUUCCACCAUUACACUACACCAUCACUCGCCGCGGCGGCUCAUUCCCCGCUCCCGAUACUGCUAAUCUUACCUUUCUUCAAUCCACACUCGCAGACAUAAACGCCAGAUUCACAAAUUCCGAAAGAAUAUUGAAAGGGAACAAAGUCGUCAGAGUGCCCAAAAAAUGGCACGAUGGCCAAAUCACGAAUACCACAAAUUCAAAACCCCGAUCUGGAACAUAUCUCCAACCGGGAACUACUCUUCUCGGUGAAGUCGGGAAUUCUGAAACCUGGUUUACGUCGCUGAAAAUCGGCGAGCCGUCCCAGAAUGUGGAUCUUGAUCUUAAUAUGUUGACGGCGGAUUUUGCGAUUAUUAGUACGCCGAGUGGAAAGGGAAGUUUCUAUCUUGAAGAGAGAAGUGGGACGUAUAGUGUUAGUAAUGAGAAUGAAGAGGGUAAGGGGAUAAAUUUUCCGGGUUGUAGGUGUGGGAAGGAUGUUGUGGGAUUACCGUUGGGGUUUGAUAUGUUUGCUGGUUUGAAAGGAGAAAGAUAUAUCCCGGUUAAUUUUGCACAUUGUAGACCGCAGAAACAGUGGGUUGGUAGUCUAGGGAAGAGUGGUGCAAGUCUGGGGCUGGCUGUAGGAGAGGGUUUGGGACAAGUUGGGGGUUGGAAGGGUGGACUGCUAGAGCAGAUUGUUAAGAGUGGUGUUGUUGAUGCUGAGGUCUGGAGCUUGAUGCUGAUUAAUGGAUAUGAAGGGGUACUUAGUGUGGGAGGAUCUUCGGUCGAGGCAGUUAGAGAGGUGGAGGGAAUGAUCGAGAAGGAAUUGAAGAGACUCGAGGCAGGUGAGGCAAGUGAUUUCCGACCUCAAAAUGAUGAAUUGAAUAGGCCUGAUGUAUAUGAUGUGCAACCUGGAAACAAUGAAUUCAAGAAGAUGGAUGGAUUGGGAAUGCAGCCUGAAGACGAUGAAAUAAAGAGAGAUUCAGAAUUAGGAUUGAUGAAAAGAGAUGAAAUUCCAUUGGAUAACAAUGACUUGGCUCAGAAGUCUAAUGAUGAAAGUGUUUGGGAAUGGAGUAAAGUUCGAGGUGCAGAUGGAUGGUGGGAGAUUCUCAUGAAAGGAAUUUGGGUUGACGGAAAUAAAGUUAUACAGAACCAGCCAGUAGUUUUGGAUCUUAAUACCCCCUACAUAAUCGGCCCACCACAUCUGGUCCGCAAUCUAUACUCUUCCAUAUCCGGCUCUCGACAACUUUCACCGCCAUAUGAUCAGUUCCAUGCCUACCCGUGUUUCAACCCACCUCACUUACUAGUCGAGUUUGGCAAUUUGAGGGUCAAGGUAUUGGAUGGCAAGGGGGAUGAAGGAGGUUUUUCACCUGGAGGAAGAUUCAGUUUGGGAAGGAUGGAGAGAGGCAGUGGGUACUGUGUGGGAAUUGUAGUAGAGGGCAGGUUUGGUAAUAUGGAUAGCCAAAGUGGAGUACUUGGAAACGGUGGUGUGGAUGGGAAUGGAAUGGAAGAUAUGUGGAUUUUCGGAGAACCGUUGUUCAGAGAUGUGCAGGUUGCUUUUGAUUGUUUUUCAAUUUCGGCAACCGUGCUCUUGAAACGUUACAAUGUGAACUCUUUCAGGCAGCUGAACUGUACUCGAGCUAGAGUCGAGAUUGAGCUAUUAGAAGGGCCGGCUUUGACUCCUCCACCGGGUGUUACAUCGAAUUUUGAUAACCCUUAUUCCCUUCGGCCGGCAGCAGAUGCGGUCAAGAUAGUGACUACUAUUUUAGCUACUUUGGCUAUUUUCAUACGUGUUUAUACCAAGUGGAGAAUUAUUCGAGAGUGCGGUUAUAUUGUUUUUAACGUAACAACCGGGUUUGAUCCCAAUGUCUUCGGACGACAUCAAUGGGAUAUUAGAUUGAAGGAUUACCAAAUCUUUCUCUAUGGCACCUACAUUACAUCGAUAUCAUUCGGUCUUGCGAUAAUGUCAAUCAAGAUCUCCAUACUGCUACAAUACAUUCGGCUCUUUACUGCAGGAACACGAGAUCUAAUGUUUUGGAGCUGCCAUGCCCUUAUGUGGAUAACCAUCGUGUUCUAUACGAUCUUGUUGUUCAUGACAAUUUUCAUUUGCACCCCUAUACCCAAGUUUUGGAAUGUUCUGGAUACCACGGGUCACUGCCUUGAUGUGAAUUAUCUGUUCCUAGCGACUGGGACAGCCAAUACCAUAACCGAUUUUCUUAUUAUAUUACUUCCGCAACCGAUCAUCUGGAAGCUUCAGAUGAGUUUCAAAGAACACGUUGGCGUCUCCGCCGUUUUCUCAACGGGACUUCUGGCUUGCAUAGCAUCCAUGGCUCGCUUAUUUGUUUCCUUGAAACUAUUGAAAAAUCCUGACGCUUCCUGGUACACGAGCAUCAUGUGUAUCCCGUCAUAUGUUGAGCUAGGAGCCGGUAUCAUCACGAGUUGUCUACCGACCUUACCGAAAUUCUUUAAAACGAUGUCGCAGAUACCUCGUGUUUCAAGGAUGUGUAAUUUUGUCUCCUCGCUCUCGAAGUCGUCUAAGUCGUCUGCCGAGUCUAUAGAGUCGGAGAGGAGCAGUAAUUCUUUGUGGAAUCAACAUCGCAGGAUGCCAUCGGGGCCAAGGGGUGAGAGAAGAGGGACAGAAAGCUACGAUGUGUUGGAGGAGUGGGAGGGACAUAAUGCUACCUUUUCGACGGUAAGCUUGGGGAAUACAGCGACGGCUACGGGGAUGAGAAAUGGAGGAGAGAAUUUGGAGAUGAAACAUGUUGAUGAGGAACGAGGAAUCUUGAGAUCGGUACAGAUUUCGAUUGUUCGUCAGGGUCCAUUGAGUGGUGAAGGGAGAGCUGCUCCUAUGGUUUAA